AAAUGAUUGAAAUGAAUUGAAUUGCUUGUUGAUGAUAAUAAUGUGUAAUAUGCAAGUGACAAUCGACAAUUUAUUUUUGAAAACGAAAUGUUUUUGAAACAUUCAUUCAAAUCGAUUGCCAAAUCUGCAAGAAAAAAAUAUGGCUGAUGAUGGUGAUGAUGAUGAUUGUGAUGAUGAGAAUUAUUGAUUUCUAGGCUAUUUUAGUACUUGAAUCCAUUGAUUGUGUGUGUGCAUGUAAAUUUCCUUGACUAAUAAUGUUUGGAUUGGAUGGACAUUGACACAUUGUUGGUGGCAAACAAGGUAAACGACAUGUUGCAGUUGAUUAUGCUUUUCAUAUGGUUUUUGGAUUGUGCCCAUUGUUUUGCAAGUUUUUGCAAGUGAUUGCUUGUUUGUUUGUUCAAUGUCCAAAUCGAGGGAGAGAGUGUGAGAGAGUGAAAAGCAUGAUUCCUGAAUUGCUUAAACAGGUUUGGAAUCAUCAAGAAUAAUUCUCCUUGAUCGUAAGUGAUCGCGAUGAGAUGGAUGGAUCAGCCAGAAACAAAAAGGCAAAACGCAAAACGGAUACAAUUGAAUAUAAACUGAAACUGAAUAAACAUUGUUUGUUUGUCCAACCGUGAUUAUCAUCGUGUGGUGUGUGAUGCCUUUUUGCAAAAACCAACGCGCACAGAUGCAGGAAACAAGUAACCAUUUCUCCCCCUCCCCCUUUUGGAAGAUGCUCAAAACCGAUGCUAAAUUCGAGAAACGAGUUUCGCCACAUGAAAGUGUGUGCAUUGGAAACAAAACAAAACAAAACUGAACUGAAAUGAAAUGAAAUGAAAAGUAACAUUUUUUCCGGCACUGGCCGAUGCUAUCAUCAUCAACAAUGACCAAAACAUCUUGGUAGUGUGACCUAGUUCGGCAACUCGUCUUAUCGCUGUUGACCGAAUAGGUCGGUCGAUGCUGCCCGAUUCAAGAUGAUGAUUGUUGAUUGUUUGUUGCCAAAAUGCAUCUUUAUCAACAAUCAACAAGCGAAACAAUGAUACUGUGUUGUGAUCGGGAAGGAUAAGUCCAACUUGUGCCACAUCAUAUGUUAAUAACAUAACUGUUCUCACCGUACCACAGUUGACUCGAUUGAAUUGGAUGGUGAGGUGGAUUUCACAAUUGAAUUGAAUCGUUUCAAUGCUUGCACAAUGGUGAUGAUUGCCGAGCAAUCACUGGAUUUAUAAUUUCAUCACAUUGGAUCAGUCUAUUGUAACAGUAAUGCUAUACUAUAGUAGAGGCAUGAAUGCAAGAGACUCUGGUUCCCGUGGAUACUUUCUGGAACAGCAGCGCAUACCCUAAUGAAAACAAUAGUGAAAUGUUGUUUUGGUUCCACAAACGAUGAGCCACCAACAAUGAAGCCUAACAGUUCAACUGUUGGACAUUCCAGAUCGGAAUGUGUAAAAGUGGUGGUUCGAUGUCGACCGUUGUCUGAAAAGGAAAAGCAAGAAAAGGAAAUAAAAGUGGUCAAAGUCAACUGUGAACGUGGUACCAUUCAGUUGCAUCGGCCGCCAGUGACACCACCAUCAUCACAAGCCAAUGGCAAUGAAGAUAAUGUCAAGAUUUAUACGUUUGAUACGGUUUAUGACUGCGAUUCGAAGCAAGAGGAAAUCUAUGCCGAUGUCUGUCAUCCGCUAGUAGAAUCGGUGUUGAAUGGCUUUAAUGGCACUAUAUUUGCCUAUGGACAGACUGGAACCGGCAAAACAUACACGAUGGAGGGUGUGGUCGAUGAUCCUGGUGUCAUAGCGCGUUCUUUUGUGCACAUAUUUUCCCAUAUUGGCCAAUCAUCGCAUAAACAGUUUCUGGUUCGAAGCUCGUAUCUAGAAAUUUAUCAGGAAGAAAUUCGAGACUUGCUUUCCACCAAUGCAAACAAACGACUCGAGCUUCGUGAACGUUCCGAUAUCGGUGUCUAUGUAAAAGAUCUGUCCUCAUUCGUAUGCAAAAACGUGGCCGAAAUCGAACGAGUGUUGGCCAAAGGUCGUCAUAAUCGUGCUGUUGGUGCCACCAACAUGAACGAGCACAGUUCUCGUUCGCAUGCAAUCUUCAUGAUAACGGUGGAGCAUAUCGAAAAAAACGACUCGAUGGCCACCGAACAUAUCCGGGUGGGCAAAUUGAAUCUGGUCGAUUUGGCUGGCAGUGAACGACAGAUCAAGACCAAAACGGUGGGCCAACGACAGAAAGAAGCAAUCAAAAUCAAUCUAUCGCUCUCGGCGCUGGGCAACGUCAUUUCUGCUCUGGUGGAUGGCCGUUCCACACACAUACCUUACCGAGAUUCUAAAUUGACCAGAAUUCUGCAAGACAGUCUCGGUGGCAACGCCCGCACCGUGAUGGUGGCCAACAUUGGUCCGGCCGGUUAUAAUUAUGAGGAAACGCUGAUUACGCUUCGAUAUGCAAAUCGAGCGAAAAAUAUCAAAAACAAACCACGUGUCAAUGAAAACCCCAAGGAUACUUUGUUGAAAGAGUUUCAGGCCGAGAUUGAGAGACUACGGACGCAACUGGAAGAGAAACGGAAACAGAAAAAAGCAUCGUCACUCACAAUGGCAGUGACAGUGGUCGAACAGAUUGACGUAGAGGCGGCCGAGAAGCUGCAGGCUCAAAUCAGAGCUAUGGAAAGCAAAAUGUUGGUGGGCGGCAAAGACAUUGUGGAUCAUACGAAUGACCAGCAACGACAACUGGAACAGAGAAUGGCCCAAUUGCGGGAACAACGACAGCGAGAAAGGCAGAUGCUCAGACAGUUGGAAGCACACGAAGAAGCCACCCAAGAAGUGCGUGAAACAUUCAGUUCGCUGCAGCAAGAAGUGGAAAUGAAGCGGAAAAAGCUGCGAAAGGUGGUCAAGGAAUUUCAGUCUGUCAACUCGGAAAUACGAGAUCUGCACGAAUCGCAUUCGGAAGAUCGACGAGAGUUGGAACGCAUCUCGAGCGAUCUGAUACGAGAUUUGAAACUGCGAUAUCUGAUGAUUGACAAUUUCAUCCCGGAAUACGAAAAGACAAGAUUUCUUCGCAAAGUCUACUACGACGACGAGAAUGACCACGAAUGGCACAUGAAAUCAAUGAGCGAUCAUAUGGCUGGUGAUGAGUCACGACCUUGUACGGCAUCUUCAAUCUAUUGCCGGCCCUCAUCCUCGUAUUCGGAUCAAACAACAACAACAAGUGAUGAGAAUCUGUUGAAUCGUUGUUUUGACAUUCCAUUCGAACGCAAUGCAAUCGACAAACUUGGAUUAUUUAUGCCCGAAUCGACCACAUCCAACUACCUGAGCCAUGUGAUGGAUGAUGAUGACCAUAAUGACGAUGAUGGUGAUGUGCAAAUUGAAAUUUUUAAUUUAGCCGAAACUAGUGAAUCUAACAAGAAUCGAGCCAAGACGGCCACCACAUUGCAUCGUGGCCGAGAUCGAGAUCGACAUCAAGCAUCCACCAACGAGUGGUCGUCGUUGUCAAAAGGUUACGAUUGGAACCAGCUGACUAUUGGCCGUACACCACCCCGGAUGCGACGAUCGUUGACUGUGAUGGACAAUUACCUGGACGAUGAUGAGAAUGAGUGGCAGAAUGUCGGCGAUUCCGGCUCCACUGAUAACAUUAACAUUGACAGUAUUAACAGUUUUUUCGACAUCAAACGUGCUAGCACACGCAAACAGUUGACCAAACAACAACAACAACAACAACAGCAACUGCAGCAACAGAAUUUAAACCAGAGACCGGACACUGCUUUUCCAAAAAGUCGAGGUUUGGUGCCCAAGUGAACAUGGUGGACACACUUUCUAUGGUCACUGUACUGAUUCUAGUCUAUUGUUUCAUUUUGCGAGACAUUUGGUGGGCCAUUUUGAAAAUUUUCAGUUAGUAUAUUGUUCAACUUGAAUUUGGUGGCAGGGUCCGGUGAAUUUUUUUUUCUUCAAAUAAAGUCCAAUUGAUUGAUUGAUGAA